GACACGCCGCAUAUCGAUCGAUCGAUCGCGCGUGUCAAACUUUGACCUUUUGCUGUGUGCACGUGCGUAUACGUACACGUGUACGUAUGUGCCUUGCGGUAGCUUAUGCACACGCUGGCUUGUUGGGGAGAACCGUUGUUGCCUGGCUUGAUCUUUCGCUCUUUUCCACACAUUUUUGGAAAGUUUUGACUUAAAUAUAUAUAUCUAUAACCUUAGCUCUCCGUGAAAAAAAGAGGAAAUGAUGUCCAGGCUGUUAUAUCGUGUUGCUGCGCGUCAGUUGAGUACUGCCACCAAACCCUUUCCAGCAGGAGUAGCUGAGAGUAGUCCUGCCUCAGCAUGGGGAGGCAACCUGAAGCUCAAGGAUACAGAUCCAGAAGUACUAGACAUCAUUGCAGAGGAGAAGGAUAGGCAACUCAGAGGACUUGAACUCGUAGCCUCAGAGAAUUUUACGAGUUCAUCAGUUAUGGAUUGUCUUGGAACAUGCCUUACAAACAAAUACUCUGAGGGAUACCCAUUUAGGAGGUACUAUGGAGGUACACAGGUUAUUGACAAGCUGGAAACUCUUUGUCAAGAGAGGGCGCUGGAUCUGUUUGACCUUGACCCAGAGAAGUGGGGUGUGAAUGUCCAGCCAUACUCUGGUUCACCAGCUAACUUUGCAGUGUAUACUGGUCUUCUCAAGCCUCAUGACAGGGUUAUGGGAUUGGAUCUCCCCCAUGGUGGACAUUUAACCCAUGGAUUCAUGACUCCCAACAAGCGCGUGUCUGCAACUUCCAUCUACUUUGAGUCAAUGCCAUACAGGCUCAAUGAGGAGACUGGUCUGAUUGACUAUGAAAAGCUUGGUGAGUCAGCAAGGAUGUUCAGACCAAAGCUCAUUAUCGCUGGCUACUCAGCUUACCCAAGGAAGCUGGACUAUUCUCGUUUCAGAAAUAUCUGUGAUGAGGUCAAUUCAUACUUACUGUCUGACAUGGCCCAUAUUGCUGGUCUGGUUGCAGCUAAGAAGUUCCCCUCACCAUUUGAACAUUCAGAUGUUGUAACCACCACUACUCACAAGACUCUACGAGGACCAAGGUCUGGAAUAAUCUUCUACCGUGUUGGUAAGAAGGGUGUUCAUCCAAAGACUGGUAAAGACAUCAUGUAUGACUUCAAAUCCAGGAUUGAUGAAGCCCUGUUUCCUGGAUUACAGGGUGGUCCACACAACCCCCAGAUUGCAGGAGUAGCCACUGCCUUGAAACAGGCAAAUAGUCCCAUGUUUAGAGAGUAUCAAGAGCAAGUCCUGAAGAACUGCAAUGCCCUUGCAAAUAGGCUCAUGGACAAAGGAUAUACUCUUAUUACAGGUGGCACUGAAAAUCACUUGGUAUUGGUUGACCUUCGACCAAUGGGUGGUGAUGGCACAAGAACCACUCUGGUUUUGGAUGAGGUUUCCAUUACCCUCAACAAGAACACCUGUCCAGGAGACACCAAUGCCUUCAACCCUGGUGGUGUUAGGAUAGGAGCCCCAGCUAUGACGUCUAGGGGAUUCACUGAAGCUGACUUUGUUAAGUGUGCUGACCUAGUCGAUGAAGGUGUGCAACUCGCUCUUGAAAUUUCAGGAAAAGUUGGCAAGAAGCUGAAAGACUUCAAGGAAUGUCUCGCCAAUGACCCAGAAAUUGUAGGCAAAAUCAAGGACCUGAGGAAUAGGGUAGAAAGCUUCGCCCGCCAGUUCCCCAUGCCAGGUUAUUAAACACACUUGAAGCAGAACCACUUCUGGAUGAUCGGAUUGCCUUGGAUUUUUUAAAACAAAUUGCAAUACCUACUUCAUGUUUUAAGUUUCAUUUCUAUAAACACAUUACAUAUCAACACUUCUAGAAACGAUAUUGAAAUAUUGUCAUUACUCAUUAUUACUCACUACAUUAUGCAUUUGAAAUAUUCCAAAUUAUGUGGAAAUGAGAUUUCAUAUGAAAGUUAAAGAUAUCAGUUUGUCAAGAUAACUCCCUGACGAUAUCCUUAUCAUAUAUUUAAUGUGAUAAAGGAUAGUAAGAUUUUUAUUUUUGAAGAGAGAGAAUAUGAAUCUAUUGGACUUGGGUUUGCAAUAGUCAGAUAUGUAAUGAAAUCAUAUCUUAAUCUCAUUUCCAUACUAAGCACUUUAUGAGUAAAAGAGAACCACUCCUUGAUAUUCUACUCUAGGGAGGUUUUAUUUGAUCUGGAGAUUGGUCUUGCAAUAAUCAACAUCAGAUGUGGAUGGUAUCAUAACAAACAUAGAACUAUGUGACCUUUUCGGUGCAAAGUACAAGGGUCACUAGCAGAGAUCUAAUUUCAUAUGUAUCUCUACGAGCAGGUAUAAUGGUAGGUGAACCAUUACAUUGUGUGUGUGUUUGUACAGAAAUUCAGCAUUAAUGUAUGUUAUGUAAAUAGGGAUAGCCCACAAACACAUUUUUUCAUCAGGAUUGGUAUGUAUUUAGCUAUUCAACACUUACAUAUGUGCCAGUCCUAUAUAAAUGAAAUGUAAAGAGUCUCAAGUCCAUGGUGUUGUUUCCUCCAAAAGCGAUCUCUCAUGGGAUUUUUUCUUAAAAUGAAUAAACAAAGUAAAUCAUAGUUAAAUAGUUCAAAUAAUUUUCAGUGGUUAUAAACAAACAAAAAAUUCUCCCCCAUCCCCAUCAAUUGAAAAUUUCAAUUACACAGUUAAUUCAUAAAAAGGUACCUUAAAUUAUCCUUUGGUAAUUUAUACUUUUUAUCAAACUUUUCCAUGUGAAACUUCAACAUUUUAGAUUUUUUUAAAACCUAAUACUUGGAUAAUUUUUACCUUUUAAACUCCAUAUUGAACAAGCCCAUCAGCUUUUGUUACUUCUAUAGUAUAUUCGUCAUAUUUUAUAUUUCAAUCAUGUAUACUGAAUUCAUUAUUCAUUUUUGAAGUGUCCAUUCAUGCAUCAUUGUUCCAUUGUAUUGAGGUUCUAAUUCAUUUGCCUUAUGAAUGUAAUGUUGUUAUUUAUUAGCUGGUAGAUCGGUAGCAGUAGAGAAGUGUUUGAUGUAGAAAUAUAUAUUGCUAUUUUCAAAGAAAACAAAUAACAAAAUCAAUGUGUAAAAAACCACACAUAUUUUUCAAUUGCCCAAAAUUUAUUUUGAUAGCCAUUUAAACCAAAUAAUUGCUUGCUCUUUGUAUUUACAAGUAUUUUCUGCUUUCCUGUAUCAUGUUUUUUUUUUCUAGCCACAUUUAUCUUUGUAAAUUGUAUUCAUUCUUCUUUGUGACAUACCUUUUAGUUAUUUCUGGCAUUGCUAAAGCGUAAGACAUGGUUCUAGCUGUAUUUUUACCAGCUACUGGUCCAAGUUAUAUUUAUUUCCCUUUAAAAGUAUGUUUCCAUUCAGAACUGAUUAUGCAGCUCCUUUAUAAUUUAAAUAUAAUGGUCUAUUGAUAUCAAAUUUGAUUUUAAUUGAUACAUUAUUUUAUAAUGUAUUGUAUUCUUCAAAGAACACACUUAUUGCUGUUUGAGAAUAUGACUUCACUAGACACAAUGUCCAUGUUAGAGGCUGAAGGUGAGAUAUUAGAGAACUAUGGUCCAUUGUAAUGACUCAAGUAAAUGAUGAUAUAUUAACGCAAGUGUAAAAGUAUAAUAUAUUUUUACCUAUUUGGGUUUUGUAGUCACCAUUCAAAGAAGAGGAAUCAAAUAUUGUAUCUUCUUUUAUUUCAUAUGAAAAUUAUGGUAUUUUAAUUAUAUACAUGUAUCAAUAUACUGCAAAUGAUCCUUUUUAGUAUUUUGCCAACCAUUUUGAUCCUAUCAUGUGCAAUCAAUUUGAUUUUAAAAAGACCUCAAGAGAUAAAAGCAAGUCUGUUAAUGUAACAAUUUCUAUCUCUGUUACUAUGCAGAAGCAUUUUCUCUCAAUUUCUUGAUUAUUGUCAAUUUUUUAGCCAUCUAUAGUUUCUGAAACAUGAAGGAUAGUUUAUAUAUUACUUUUUUUUUAAUUCUGAAUAUUCUGCACUCUUCUUUGAAGACUUAAUUUCAGUAGUGUUGAAAAAUUAUACAAAAGUACAUAAAUGCCAUUUGUACUUAACCGUAUUAAGAGCUUAUGGUCUCAAAAUGUGAUAUAUAUUGCUUAUCAAAGAUAUUUUCACUGACCCCAACUGUAUCACACACUGACCAAAGUUGGAUGGUAUAUAUUUCUGCAUUCCAAUGUCAUGAUAAACACUAUUUUAGGUCAGCCUUUGAAAUGUUGUUCAUAGAUUCUUAUUUAGACUUGAGUUUUAUAAUGAAAUUAGUCACUUUUUCUCUUUUAUUUUAUUUUAUUUUAUUUUAUUUUUUUUGGUGGGGUUGAUUACCAGUUACUUGUUUUUGUUCGUAUUUUCACUUUUGACUCUAUGGACGUUAAGUUAUAUUUUUACACUGUCUUAUCAAUUAGUCCUCAUGUUAAAGCUUUUGCACUUGCCAGUAUUUCCAUCAUUUUCAGCUUUAGGUAUAUUGAUUUAAUGACCUUGUCUGGCAGUCAAGUGUUACUAAAAUCACUGGCUCUUGCAUGAUUUAAGUAUUAAAUUAGUAAUCCUCAUUUUUGUCUCACCUGCAUAGCAGAGUGAGACUAUAGGCGCCGCUUUUCCGACGGCGGCGGCGGCGGCGUCAACACCAAAUCUUAACCUGAGGUUAAGUUUUUGAAAUGACAGCAUAACUUAGAAAGUAUAUGGACCUAGUUCAUGAAACUUGGCCAUAAGGUUAAUCAAGUAUUACUGAACAUCCUGCCUGAGUUUCAUGUCACAUGACCAAGGUCAAAGGUCAUUUAGGGUCAAUGAACUUAGACCAUGUUGGGGGAAUCAACAUCAAAAUCUUAACCUAAGGUUAAGUUUUUGAAAUGUCAUCAUAACUUAGAAAAUAUAUGGACCUAGUUCAUGAAACUUAUACAUAAGGUUAAUCAAGUAUCACUGAACAUCCUGCAUGAGUUUCACGUCACAUGGCCAAGGUCAAAGGUCAUUUAGGGUCAAUGAACUUUGGCCGAAUUGGGGGUAUCUGUUGAAUUACCAUCAUAACUUUGAAAGUUUAUGGAUCUGAUUCAUGAAACUUGGACAUAAUAGUAAUCAAGUAUUACUGAACAUCCUGUGCAAGUUUCAGGUCACAUGAUCAAGGUCAAAGGUCAUUUAGGGUCAAUGAACUUUGGCCAAAUUGGGGUAUUUGUUGAAUUACAGCCAUAAAUUUGAAAGUGUGUUGGUCUAGUUCAUAAAACUUGGACAUAAUAGUAAUCAAGUAUCACUGAACAUCCUGUGCGAGUUUCAGGUCACAUGAUCAAGGUCAAAGGUCAUGUAAGGUCAAAGAACUUUGGCCACGUUGGGGGUAUUUGUUGAAUUGCCAUCAUAUCUCUAUAAGUGUAUUGGUCUAGUUCAUAAAAUUUGGAAAUAAGAGUAACCCAAGUAUCACUGAACAUCUUGUGCGAGUUAUAGUAGUUUUCAAAAUCUGCACUGCUGCUAUAUUGAAUCGCGUGAUGCAGGUGAGACGGCCAGAGGCAUUCCACUUGUUUAUAAUUUCAACUGGCAGUACUUGAUCAAUUAUUCUCCAGAUUAUAUGUUCAAGAUAUUUUUGUAGAUGAUUGGUGGAUUUUAGAUCUGUAUUGUACCAUAGAUGAUAUUACUUGUAUUUAUUGUCAAGUGGAGAGCAAGUUAUGUUUGGUCAUUUGAGAAUAGUUAAUGCCUCAAAAGAAUGCAUCAUUUUAAUCCUACUGUAUGUCUUAAAAGAGUAUUAUGGUGAAGGUUAUCCCAAGUAACAUUAUUUGUAAAUAUCUUACUGUAGUGUGUGUAAUGACACUCCUGGGACCCAUUUCAUACUAAGUUGCUAUGAUAGCAACUCUUGCUGAAAUGUCAACUUUCAUUGAAGGAGCCAAUCAGGAAACAGAUUUUUCACUGUUGUCAUGGUAGUUGACAUUCCAGCAAGAGUUACCAUCAUAUGAACUUGUCAUGAUAUGGGGCCCUGUACAUUUUUCAUGGAUAGCAUAUAUUGUAAUAGUAAUGCCAACAUUGGUUAACCCCUUUUAAUAUUUGUUUUUGAAUUAUGCGUUCCACAGAGAACUUCAAAUAAAUGACACAAUACAAAUUA